AUGGAUUUUCUCGAUGCAGAAAGAGAAAGAGGCAUCACUAUUAAUAGUGCGGCUAUAACAUUCGGUUGGAAAGGCCAUCGAAUCAAUCUCAUUGAUACACCUGGUCAUGUUGAUUUUACUAUGGAAGUAGAAAGAGCCGUACGUGUGUUAGAUGGCGCUGUCACCAUUUUAGACGGCGUUGCAGGUGUGGAAGCACAAACAGAGACAGUUUGGAAGCAAGCCGAUAAAUAUGAAAUUCCCCGUAUUGCAUUCGUCAAUAAGUUAGAUAGAAUCGGCGGUGCAUUUGGAAGAACUGUAAAAGAGAUGUGGAAAAAGCUUCGAACUCGUCCACUAGUUGUACAAUUACCUGUUAUGCAUGAGGAUAGCCUGAAUGAUGAAAGGAAAGGCUUAAAGUCAGUAGUUGACUUGGUGACAAUGGAAAUGAUACAAUGGGAUGAGAAUAGUGUGGAUGGUUCAGUGAUCAGUAGAGUCCCUCUGGAAGAAGCAACCAAGGACGAAAAAAUAUUGAAGGAAAGUAGGGAAGGUCGAAUAGCGUUAGUCGAAACUCUGGCAGAAAUGGACGAUGACAUCGUGGAGGUAUUUUUUGAUAAAGCAAAUGGUGAUCAUAUGUUAGUGGAUGCUGAGGCUUUGAAAGGUGCUAUCAAACGUGUCACUAUAGCCAAUAAGGCUGUGCCUGUAUUAUGUGGCUCCGCCUUUAAGAAUCUUGGAGUGCAGCCUCUGUUAGACGCAGUAAUCGAUUACUUGCCAAGUCCAAUAGAGCGACCCUCUUGUAUGGUAACAUACAGUAACGGUAAAACUGCAUUGCUACCCUUGAAUGAUAGUCAAUUAUGUGCACUGGCGUUUAAAGUGGUUCAUGAUUCAAAAAGGGGAUCAUUAGUUUACGUUAAGGUUUACUCAGGAAAACUGAAUGCUAGAUCAACUUUAUUUAACACCACAACUCAAACCAAAGAAAGAGCCAAUAAACUGUUACAAAUGUAUGCUAAGGAUGUUGAAGAAAUACCGUCCAUAAAUGCCGGUAAUAUUGGCGUGAUCGUAGGCUUGAAAGAUACCCGUACAGGUGAUACACUAGUACAAUCCAACAAUACCAAGGCUAUCAAAAAUGGCUUACAAUUAGGCAAUGUCGACAUACCAAACGCAGCUUUCUUUUCGGCCGUCGAGCCUGCUUCCGUUUCCGAAGAAGCUGCAGUGCAAAACGCUUUGAAUAACUUGGUACGAGAGGAUCCUUCCCUCAAAGUCUGGACAGACGAAGAGAGUGGCCAGAUAAUGGUCAGCGGCAUGGGCCAACUUCACUUAGAAAUCGUCAAGGACCGCUUAAUCAAUGAUUUUAAAGUCAAAGCAGAGAUGGGUAAAAUAAGAAUCAGUUACAGAGAAACAUGUCAAGCUGCCGCUAUUGCAAAGGCCAGCUAUGAUAAAGAAAUUAUGGGUAAAAGAGCUAAAGCUGCUUGUCAAGUGGAAGUUAACCCUAUUGAAGAGGAUGAGCAUGAUGAUGCGGAGGAGGGGCAAAAGGAGCGUAAAAUGCAAUUAGUGAAGCAAGGUUGGAUUUAUGAUUCCGGUAAUCACUUAGCUGUAGAUCUGGGUAUCAAAAAGAGCUCUGGUAGUAAUAGUGAAGAACCUCAUCCUACUGAUGAUACCACUAAUCAGCUGAAGCCUGAAGAUAUUAAGCAAGCCAUGCUAAAUGGUCUUCGAGCCGGUCUUGCUCGUGGAGCGGUAUUGGGUUUCCCGUUAACUAAAAUGAAAGUUAGAGUAUACGAUCUCGAAUUAUUUGCACAGGACACAACUCUGGGUGCUAUAUCUGCUUGUGUCUCAAACGGUGUUUUCGAAGCUGUCAAGAAAGCCAGUCCUUGUCUUUUGGAGCCCAUGAUGGAAGUAAUUACAACAGUGAAUGAAGACCAUAUUGGUAACGUUGUAGGCGAUCUAAGCGGUACUCGAAGAGGGCAAAUUAUCAGUUUGGAAUCUACGAUGGGUCUUGAAGAUGAAAGUAAAAAUGAGACUGAAGAUUUUCAAGUGUAUGCUCCGAAAGAUUUAUAUUUGACAAAUUCAGAAGUAGACGGAUUUAAGCCCAAACAGAUCAUCAAAGCGGAAGUUCCUCUUAGUUCAAUGUUAGGAUAUUCUAGUGCACUUCGCAGUUUGACAGGCGGUAGCGGCUCAUUUUCCAUGCGAGUUAUUGGCUAUGGCAAAAUGAGCAAAGAUAGAGAGAAUGCCGUUGUUUCUGAAAUGAAAGGUUGGUAA